AAUCCACCUCGUGAUCCAACAAGGUCUUCUGGUUUUGGUUUCAAAUUGUCAGCAUUGUGUUUGAUCAACUUAUCGACGUCGUGUGAUGGAAGGAACUACGUAUAGGCCUUUGCUCCAAUUUCAAACGUAUUUUCAGAAUGUAAGCGAAUUACGAUACUUUAUACUGGCUCUUGUCGCAAUCCUAUGUACCAUUUACAUUCAGAGGAAACGACGACAAAUUAAAUUGCCGCCUGGCCCACCCAGUCUACCUUUGUUGGGGUCUAUUCCUUGGAUCAACCGUGAAAAUCCAAUUAAAUCAUUUACACAAUGGCAGAAACAAUACGGUUCUAUUGUCUCGUUCUACAUAGGCUCAAAGCGACAUAUAGUAGUGAACGACGCAAAGCUAGCCCGAGAGUUACUAAUAAAACACGCAGAUGUAUUUUCAGAAAGACCCGAUAUUGCAGGUGCCCGGUUAUGUUUUGGAGUAGAAGGUCAGGUUCAAGAUGAGAUUGAUAAUGCCGUUGGAGAGCGCCCUUUGAGAACAUUAGACAAACUAAAAGUUCCGUAUUUUGAAGCAACAAUUUGCGAAGUUCAACGACUGGGAAACAUUGUGCCUGUGCUCAUACCUCAUCGUACCAGCUCAGAUUUCGUCGUAAAUGGAUAUGACAUUCCAGGAAAUACAGAAUUUAAUGUCAACUUAGCAUUCGUCCACACGGAUCCGAAAUACUGGAAAGAUCCCUUUGAAUUUAAACCGGAGAGAUUUAUGGAUGCUGAUGAGAAGACGUGUAAAAAAGGAGACGCGUUUAUGCCAUUUGGUUUAGGUCGACGGGCCUGUCUGGGUGAGAGCUUAGCUAAAAUGGAAAUUUACAUAUUUAUGGCAAGUCUUCUACAGCGUUUUACGUUUGAACUGCCAGAAUCGAACCCUCGGCCCAGCUUUGAACCAAUGACUGGCGUCACACAGAGUCCAAGGUACUUCGAAGUUGUAGCUAUGCCCCGAUGAACUGUAGGCCUAUAGUUUAAAAACGUAGCUGGAUUUCACAAGUUGUAUUUCUUCCAGUUUCUGACGGGGUUUUCCAUUUUUAAGUAUAUAGUUAUAGUACCGUAUUAUGUCAGUUAAAUUAAGGCAAUAAAAUAGUUUUUCACACCAGUUACUUUCAGGUCAUUGUCUCGAACUUUCUUUAGCUGAAUGAAAUUGACAUGACUGUGACCGAUUAUGUAAUAGGGUGACGUAUGCGCACUGCACUGUAAUGUUGCAGAUCGUCUUCCCAGCAUGGAAAAUGGUCAUCAAAUGACGACCAUAAGUACUGUUGUCACUCUUCUUAUCCAACUUUUCGUUUCUGGGCCAGUAAAUAUAAAUGUUGUAUAAAGUGAUCCAUACAUAAAGUAUGUUUCAAAUUGUUUAUUGUACUAACGUUUUCGACCACAUGUUAUCAGGUAAUUAAUAAUAUAAUGAAUAUGCCCCAUGCGGCACGCCCCGCUACUUAAAUAAAUAAAUUACAACCUUAAGCUACAUUUACACUGUACACGAUAACGACACGACAAUGAUAAAAAUGCGAUCAGUGUGGAAGAAUAUAAAAGACACGAUAUGUGGUUGUCGUGUCGUUAUCUAGUGUAAAUCGAGCCUAAGUUAUAGGCUAUUUAUUUUGAAUACAUCUACUCUAUGAUACUUAACUAAUUAUGACAGAUUUUUCAUAACUGAUACUGAUGCUCUGUAUUAAAUUGAUUUAAAAAAAUACAACCGAAUAAAUAAAUUUAUUAGGCUUAGUUAAUGCGCAAUGAAGAAAUAUGCUUCUUAUUAAUGCUAUGAACACCAGUAAUUACCUUAUGAGUAGGAUUAAAUCCAGGUUUCCAUAAAAUCGUUACAUUAUCGCUAUAGUUCCCGACGCAGUCGGGAGGGCUCCUCGAUACGACCACGACUAACCAAGAAGUUAUAAAUAAAUACCUUAUUUUAUACCACCUUGGACCAACCAAUCAACAUCACCAAAAGCCGUCGGCGAUAGCGUGUAGCGAUUUUAUGGAAACCAGCAUAACUGGUGUGUGAUAGCUCCUUUCUAUGCCUUAAAUAAUACCCAUAUUAUGAAAUUGUUCCUUGUAAUGUUGUUUAUUCAUUUACUAGCAUUUUUCCUACUGGCAUUAUUCCUGUUCUACAUUAAUAUGAACAUAGGAAGUUCGUUUUUUAUGCAUUCGGAUGCUGUCCAAAAAAGUGUGUGUAGGAUGUAGGCCUAAUACCUACUACUAUGUCGAUGGAACUACAACCUUCAAGUUUUAUUUGUAUCUCACUUUUGAAACAGUAACACUCAACAUUUUUUUUUUUUGGUGCAUUCAGUAAAAAAUACAAACAUAUAAAAGUACAAUAUAAAAAGUUACCUAUGGACUACUUAGAACAAAAUUACAUAAAGUCCCCUACCCUGCACCCCACCCCGGUCAAGAAUUAUUGUAAGUUACAGUAUAUUGAAAUUAAAGGUACACAUCAAUAUAUCAAGCAUAGAUUUACCAUGGUAGUUAUACAAAUUUUAAAAUAUGAACAGAAAUAAACUAACAGUCUUAAAAAUUUACGCAGUUUAGUGGCGAAUGAGGAUUAUUUUAACAUCUGGCACCACAAGACGUCUGCUUCUCAAACCCAGGAAAUGGUGUACAAUAAGUUGACAGCUCUGUUUAAUAAAACAGAUCAAAAUUUGUCAGCGA